UCGAGUACCUACAAGAAAGCAAUAAAUUCAAGACAAAUAUAACUUGCAUAACAAUAUGAAGAUAGCAGAGGAACAAAACAAUCCUCAAACCAACUACAUACAAAACCCUAUCAAAAUGAAAUUCCUAGUGCUCGCAGCCUGCUUCGCCGUGGCCCUCGCCGGCCCAGCCCGCCUCAUCCCCGAGAGCGCUGGCCCCGUGGUCAUCGAGCCUGAAGAGAUCGCCGUCGGACCCGGCAUCGUCAAGCCCGAAGUCAUCGUUCCUGGCCCCGCUAUCAUUGACUACGAGCCUAUCUCCGUAGGCCCCGCUGUCAUCGACCAUGAGCCCAUCUCCGUAGGCCCCGCUAUCAUCGACCAUGAGCCCAUCUCCGUAGGCCCUGCCAUCAUUGACAACGAACCUAUCUCCGUUGGCCCCGCCAUCAUCGACCCCGAAGUUGCCGCUCAAGAACAGAGCCCCCUUGUGCAAGUCAUCAUCAACAUCAACUCCAAGAGCCACGUCAUCGAGAUCCCCGUUGACGCGCCCGAAGCUGGCCCCGCUGUCGUGCCUGAGAUCAUCCCCGAACCCGUGGACGUCAUCGACGUUGAGCCCGUUGAUGUCAUCGACGUCAAGCCCGUUGAUGUGAUCGACGUUAAGCCCGUUGAUGUCGUCGACGUGAAACCCGUCGACGUUGUUGAAGUCGCCCCCGCAGAAAUCGGAACCCCCACCCUCCCCGCACCCGCCCCCAUCGUCGUUGACCCCGCUCAAAUCCUCCCUGAACAACUCAACUAA